AUGGCUAAAUUACCCCGGGCGAAGAACCCGUUCACGCCUACCAUGCGCCGCUUCCUCUCCGACGUGUUCAAGCCCGCUCCGGCGCUCGGCAAACGUGCCCGUUCGUCCUCCCGCUCCCACUCCUCCUCAGAACUUCCGAACCCCGCACCAGGACCCGCGCCCGCCUGCGUCGCGCUGCAGAACGAAGACCCCGACACGGACACGGUCGUGAUCACCGCGCUGCACGCCGUCCCGUUCUGCUGCCACGCAGACCUCCUCGCGAUGCCGCGUGCGCACCUGCUCGCCGUCGCGCGUGCACUUAACGCGGCGCUCCCACAUGCGCUCCGGAUCGACGCAGGCCCCGCGCGCUCGGACGCGCGCAUCCGCAACGCGAUCGAGAUACUGGUCGGGCUCCGCCUCAGCGUCCCGCCCGCGCCGCGCGCGAACAGGAGCCACGGCUGGGCGGACGACGAGCGGGGGGUGCUCCGCAGCCCCACGUCCCCGCUUGCGAAUCGCAGCAGGUCAGAGUCCUCACUAGGCGUCCUGCAUGAGGAAGACGAGAGCGGAGCGGGCUACGCUGAUGGACGCGCACAUAAGCGGCGUCGCAUUGUUCCCGGGCCGCCCGAGGAUCCCAACAUGAUUCUGCGGGACCUUGAGCUGGAUACUGUCGACCGGCGCGUCACCCGGUCGCAGUCCACCCGCGCUGCGGCGGACAUCAACUCGCCCACACCCGUGGGCCGUCGUGUAAUCAGGACUCGCAGCGAGCGACUCCCCGCCACGCGGCCCAUGAUACAGAUCCAGGGGCACCCGAACAUCACACUCACCCGCGGGCGCAGCGCAGGGCGCGGGUACCUCCGCUCACGGAGCGCGGCACUGGCGCGGACGUCCACGCCGAAGAGGAUGCGAGAGGAAUGUGAGACGGGUGAGGUGGAGGGCCCGAGAUCUAACGCCAUGACGUCUACUCCGGGCGCGGGUGAGGCUGAUAGUGGGAGGGUGAAAGUGGGUAAGGGAGUAGUGAUGGAGAUCGGGCCCUGCGAGGAUACGGCAGAGAUGACAUUUGGGAUCCACGGGAUGACGAUUGGGCCUGCGGAGUCGAGCGAGGAUAUGGAUCUGACUGAAGAUUGA